GCGUCAGGGCUGGCCGGCGGCGGUGGCGGCGGCGGCGGCGAAGGCGAAGGCGGUGAUGGUAGCGGCCCCCGAGCGGGCUUGAGGGCUCGGACGCGGCUCCCUCCCGCGUUUCCUCGGGCCGACGCGGCGCCGCGGGCCCGGCUCGCUCGGCUCCUGCUCUCUCCGGGCCGCUGCCCGGGCAGACGCGGACGAGGCCCGCGCUGGCCGCCUUGACGCACCCCGGCUCGGCCCCGGACGGCCCGGUUGCUGUGCGGAGAGGAGGCCGAGUCGGUAGUGGAAAGAAAAUACUGAAGAAUAGGAUCUCAAGAUGAGUAAAAAGCCCCCAAAUCGUCCUGGAAUCACUUUUGAGAUUGGUGCUCGUUUGGAGGCACUGGACUACUUACAGAAAUGGUAUCCAUCACGAAUUGAAAAAAUUGAUUAUGAAGAAGGAAAGAUGUUAGUUCAUUUUGAGCGCUGGAGUCAUCGUUAUGAUGAGUGGAUUUACUGGGACAGCAACAGGUUGCGACCCCUUGAAAGACCUGCGCUAAGAAAAGAAGGGCUAAAAGAUGAGGAGGAAUUCUUUGAUUUUAAAGCUGGAGAAGAAGUUCUCGCUCGUUGGACAGACUGUCGCUAUUACCCUGCCAAGAUUGAAGCAAUUAACAAAGAAGGAACAUUCACAGUUCAGUUUUAUGAUGGAGUAAUCCGUUGUUUAAAAAGAAUGCACAUUAAAGCCAUGCCUGAGGAUGCUAAGGGGCAGGUGAAAUCCCAGCAUCCACUAAGCUGGUGUUGUCCUAUCGACCCAGCUGGAUCGUGUAACCAGUCUAUGGGAAGUGAGGACUGGAUUGCUUUAGUCAAAGCAGCUGCUGCAGCUGCAGCGAAGAGUAAAGCAGUGACUAAACCUCGCACCAGUGCUAACAGCAAUAAAGAGAAAGAGAGAGAUGGGGGAAAAUGGUUUAAAGUCCCUUCCAAGAAAGUAGAAACUUCAACUUGCAUAGCCACAACAGAAACCGAGAAGAAGGAGGAGCUACCCACAUCUAGUGAACCGUUUGGACUUCACAUAGACAGCGUUCCAAAGAUCGUCUUUCCACAGCCUGAGAGCAUAUUAACAAACAAGAGGAAAAAUAAUCAAGGCAACUCAUUUCAGGCAAAGAGAGCACGACUUAACAAGAUUACUGGUUUGUUGGCUUCCAAAGCUGUUGGGGUGGAUGGUGCUGAAAAAAAAGAAGACUGCCCUGCAACAGCUCCAGUCCUGGAGCAGGCGAUUUCACCUAAACCUCAAAGUCAGAAAAAAAAUGAAGCUGUCAUUAGCAGUUCUGCCAACACUCAGAAACCUGCACUGUUAUCCUCAACUUUGUCUUCAGGGAAGGCUCGCAGCAAGAAAUGCAAACAUGAAUCUGGAGAGUCUUCUGGGUGUAUAAAAACCCCUAAGUCACCACUUGCCCCAGAAUUAAUACAAGCCAAGGAUUUGACGCUUGUAUCUCAGCUUUCUUCAGUGAUAAAUAAAACUAGUCCUCCACAGCCUGUGAAUCCCCCUAGACCUUGCAAGCAUAGUGAGCGGAGAAGAAGAUCUCAGCGGUUAGCCACCUUACCCAUGCCUGAUGAUUCUCUAGAAAAGCUUUCUUCUUCCUCUUCAGCCACUGAUGGGAAAAUAUUCUCCAUCAGUUCUCAGAAUCAGCAAGAGUCUUCAGUACCAGAGGUUUCUGCUAUUGCACUUAUGCCACUCCAGAAGCUGGGACCCUGUCUCCCUCUUGAUUUAAGUUGUGGUUCAGAAGUCACAGCACCUCGAGCCACAGAUUCCUCCUCUCCUGGUGGUGAAUGUUCCAGGGAAGAAAAGGAGGAGACACAAUUGUUUGCAAAUCCCUCCUCCAAAGUAGUGAGUGAUGUAAAAGGAGCUGCAGUGGCCACUGGAAUAUCGAAAACAGAAAAAAAAUUGAAAUUGGAAGAAAAAAGCUCCACUGCAUUUGGUAAAAGGAAAGAAAAGGAUAAGGAGAAAAAAGAGAAGAGAGACAAAGAUCACUACAAACCCAAGCAGAAGAAAAAGAAGAAGAAGAAAAAGAAAUCUAAACAGCAUGACUAUUCAGACUAUGAAGACAGUUCCCUAGACUUUUUGGAAAGGUGCUCUUCUCCACUAACUCGAUCUUCUGGGAGUUCUCUAGCUGCACGAAGCACAUUCACGGAGAAAACUACAGCCUAUCAGUACCCGAGGGCAAUUCUGUCCGUUGAUCUUAGUGGUGAAAACUUGUCGGAUGUGGAAUUUCUGGAUGACUCUUCCACAGAGAGCCUGCUUCUGAGUGGAGAUGAGUACAACCAAGACUUUGAUUCAACUAAUUUUGAGGAGUCUCAGGAUGAAGAUGAUGCUAUUAAUGAAAUUGUGCGAUGUAUCUGUGAAAUGGAUGAGGAGAAUGGCUUCAUGAUCCAGUGUGAAGAGUGCCUGUGCUGGCAGCACAGUGUGUGCAUGGGGCUCCUGGAGGACAGCAUUCCGGAGCAGUACAUCUGCUACAUCUGUCGGGACCCUCCGGGUCAGAGAUGGAGUGCAAAAUAUCGUUAUGAUAAGGAAUGGUUGAAUAAUGGAAGAAUGUAUGGGUUGUCUUUUUUAAAAGAAAAUUAUUCUCAUCUCAAUGCCAAAAAGAUAGUUUCCACACAUCAUCUGCUUGCUGAUGUCUAUGGUGUGACUGAAGUACUACAUGGGUUACAGCUAAAGAUUGGAAUACUCAAGAAUAAGCAUCAUCCUGACCUUCGUCUCUGGGCUUAUUCUGGGAAGAGAAAAGACCAAGAUCAGAUAGUAGCUGGAACAGAGAAAAAACUGACACUUCAGGACAUAGCUAACUCAGAGGGAAAGAAAUACAUACAGAACCACAAAGAACCUUCCCUGAAAAUGGAAGAAACGUAUAUAACAAGUGAACACAGCUAUCAAAAGCCACAAAGCUUUAGUCAGGACUGCCAGUCUCUCACAGACCCUGGAAGCUCGGAUGAUGAUGAUGCUAGCAGUUUUGAAGAAGAUGGAGAACUCCACAUGGGAGAUAAAAGCCAUCUGUAUUUAGCAAAAGAGCGUGGAGUAUCAGAGAAGAAUCCAGCUUCAGGGAACAAAGUGUUUGUUUAUAAUGAGAAAAGGGGCACAGAGGGCCCAGGAGACUCACAUCUUCAGUGGCAGCUAAAUCUCCUUACGCACAUAGAAAACGUGCAGAAUGAAGUCACCAGCAGGAUGGACCUCAUAGAAAAAGAAGUGGAUGUUCUGGAAAGCUGGCUUGAUUUCACAGGGGAAUUAGAGCCACCAGAUCCCCUUGCAAGACUGCCCCAACUUAAACGCCACAUCAAACAACUCUUACUUGACAUGGGCAAAGUACAACAAAUUGCAACUCUUUGCUCUGUAUAACAACAGUAAACACUUGGUGACAAGAAUGUGUCUUUCUUCAGUUGAAACAUCUUUAUUGCUAAGUGGAGAGUCAAAAAGCUUAGUAAUGUUUGGUCACUUACUGAUUUGUGACAUCAGUAGUAUGGCAUCUUGGAAGGAAAAUGAAGACAAGUUUAUCAAGGAAGCUGAUACUGAAGAUGAGUGAGUAAGCUGCAAAGGGUGGCAUCUCUACCAAGAAUCAGUGUAGAAUACAAGCUAUACUAAAGGAAUGGAAUUGGCAGGAUUCUUACAGUUGCUUUCCUGAAGCUCAAGAUACCCGUAGAGAGAAAUAUGGUGUGUUUAUAUAGAUUGUAGAAGAGAUACCCCUGUUUAUAAACCAGCAUUUGGCCAAAACAACACUGUAAGGAAAUUCAAGUUCUGGAGAGUUCUACACAUUUGCUCUAAGAAUUUCUUUCUCAGCAGUUGGAUUCAGCUGCAAAGAAACUUAGGUUAUUUAAACUUCUGUAGGAUCAUGAGCUAUUUCUUGAGUGAUGAAUGUAUUUAAUCAGAAAACUGACAAUGGAAGUCUCACUUUGGGGGAAACAAUUGUGGAAUUUUAACUUCAUUAUGAAUGUAUUUUAAGAAAACCACCAAAUAAUUGGAAUUUAUUGUGGGCAUUGUGCUCUUUAUAAACAAAGUGGCUUACAGAAGGGCCCCAUGUGCCAAAUGUUGAUACUGCUGGAAAGAGGAUUUCAAUAUUGCAGGAGUCCUUCCAUCCAUCGUACGUAAUGCCAUUAACCCAUACAGUCCUGUACAUCACAUGCUAUGUGCUCUGUGUAGGUGAGUGGCAGUAUCCAGGCUUCAGCAUACAGCUUUAUCCUGGAUACACUUGGUGUGUUUGCCUUUUGAAAAAAAAAAAAAACAUAAAACAUAAACCUCAGCUGGGAUGAGGAGUGACAAAAAUAUCAAAAUAAUCUGUGGCUGUAGAUUUUUUUUUUUAACUGCUAGUAGUGGAAUACUGGAAAGCUUCAUUUCUGAAGACAAAUUUUAUUUUAAAAGAUAAAUAUGCAUUCAAAAAUUUUAGCUUUGAUCAUAUAUGGACAGAUUUAUGAAACCAAAGGCAACUAAGUUGCUUCCUCAGCUCUUGCUGCAUUUUUGAGCCUAGGUCCUACUGUCUGCCAGUCCUGGUGCGAGUUGUGUGCACCCCCAGUGCUAUAUGCGCAGGUAUGCGUCAGUGAGUCUGCUUGUUUAAGUAGUCAACGUACAUAUGUACAUAGUCAACACAUAUUUAUAUCACACAUAUCUAGUUUUAUUACUAUAGACUAUACAAAUUGGUGGUUAACAUAAAAUGUUACCUUUUAACAGACUGUUUUUAAAAACUAAAAAUGUAUGUACAGGUUUUGAAAUUUUUUUAAAAAGAGGGAGAAAAGACUGUUAAGAGGAGGCUAUUUGAUGACAUUACACUUGAAUAUUUUUUUGCCUCAUUCUGUUUAUCAGUUCUAGCAAUCUGUUUAAACUGGUUUAGAACUGAUAGACAGUGAACUUGAAUUUAUCUUUGAUAAGAAUUCAUGCCACUGUACAUUCAGAUAUUAUUUAAAUUUGCAAACACACUGUUCUAUAUGUAAGGUACUGUAUGUAAAAUUCUAUUAAAACUAUUCCACAUAUCCUAAAAAUUUCAGCUUGCCUUUUUGCGGCCUUAUGUUUUGAUGUGAAGAUUAAAAGAAUGUGCAAAACAUUGAGAAAUAUUUUUAUUGCCUUUUGAGAUUUUCCAACUGACAAAUGUGCCAAAGAUCACCAUACAUAAAGUAUAACCCUCUGUAUUUACUUGUGAUAUCUAAACUUUGUCAAAGAUCCUACUGAUGAAAGCUUUAGCAGAAGUCAUUGUGGGGUGAUUGCUUAAAUCUGCAUAUUAAAGUAAAAAUUAGUGCCUAUAACCCAUGUGUGGAGUAACUUUACUAAUGUCUGUGUUUCAAGAUCGAUACUAUAUUGUUGAUUUGUGUUUCAAAAUGGCUCUGAAAGUUUCCAUCAUGACUGAACCUUAGACAUUGAAGUUAAAUCUUCUUUUCAGAAAUGGAGUCAUUAAUGUCUUUAGCCUGUGAAUAGUGGUGUUGCCUUGAUUCGUGUCAUAUAUGCAGAUGAGCUCUGCAUUCAUUUAUACUCAGCUUCUCAGUUCUGGUGACCUUUGUUAAAGUAAUGCACAGUGUUGUAGUACAGACUAAGUGUCCCUACCACAAAGUCUGAAAUGUUCCAGAUGUGGAGUGCCAGCUGGACUCCACAAGAGGAAAGGUCAACAUCUCACCUGAUGUGGCAGGAUCACUGUCAAAUGCAGGCUUCCUAAAACUGCAGUGUACAGUUUCUUCAGGCUAUGUGCUUAAAUUAGACACAAAACAGUAGUGAAGUUCAUGGUGAGACCUAACUCUCAUGACAAGAAUGUGUCAUGAUAAAAUGUAAAGAUUCCAGUAUCCAAGAAAACACCAAAUACAAAACAUUUUCCUUCCCAAGCAUUUCCAGUAAUGAACAUUAAGCCUGUAUUUCAAAAUUCAGCACAUUGAGUGCUUCAUGUACAGAACAUGUUCAAUCUUCUGCUUGCUUUUUGUAAUCAAUGAGAAAGCUAAUUCUUAAAUUUAGAUCUUUAAAGGAUAUAUGAGAUUAUGUGCACAUACCCAGUUUACUAUGGAGCCUACCACCAACUGUGUGAGGCCCAUUAGCAGCUAUAGAGGGCAGAACUUUGCUUUGAGAGAAUGAAUUAACUUUGGAGAAGCAAAUUGAUGGUGAGAAUUGUCGGGUAAGAUUUGUUUCUCCUUUUAGUUUUACCUAAAAUCAUUAUAUUGAAAUGUGAGCAAUGAGCUGGAGGGGGUGUUUUCUUCAAUGAUAAUAUUUCAUCAGACAGAAGAGAACAAGCCUCGGUAGAGGGAUUCCUCCUCUUAAUUUCUGGCAAAUAUAAUUUGUACUUCCUGUGGUUGUCUGUGGUUCAACUGACUGUUGAAGUCAUGUAUUUCUCCUUAAAGGAAACUUGUUAUUUUUAGAAUUUCAGGUAAGCCCCUGUUCCUACCUGUUUCAACUCCAUGUUCAUACGAAAAUGUGCAUACUUCACAUGUUCAAACUGAAGCAUACUGCUUCUGCCCUAAUAAAGCGAAUCUGCUGCCAUUGUCA